AUGACCGACUCAAAAGCCGUCAUUCCAGAUACCCAUGAGGAUCCUCCUUCCACUGCCGUGGUAGGGACCAGCGAGCCCCUUCUCCCAUGGUGGAAGCGAGUCUGGUGUCACAGCUUGACGCAGAUGAUUCUACUGAGCGUGCAAGCGUUCUGUGGACCUGCUAUGUCGGACGCAAUCACUGGCCUGGGUGGUGGUGGUCUUGCAAGUCCCCAGGUGUCUAACAUCUCCAAUGCAAUCAGAUAUGCCAUGCUUGCAGUCGUCUGCUUCCUGGGCGGUCCCAUUGUCAACAAAAUCGGCGUCAAAUGGGCCCUUGUCAUCGGUUCCUUGUCCUUCCCCAUUCAGGGCUCAGCAUACUACUGCAAUAGCAAGUUCGGAAACCAAUGGUAUCUCAUCCUAAGCGGUGCUAUCGGCGGCAUCGGCACUGCUUGCUGGUAUGUCGCCGAGGCUGGCGCCAUCAUGACCUUGGCGCCGUCUGGCGCCCGAGGAAAGUAUCUAGCGUUGUGGAUUGUGUCGAGGAACUUGGGACAGUUGGUCGGAGGGGCGAUCAACUUGGCGAAGAAUAGUAAGGAUGGAGCGGAGGGUGGGGUGACCCCUGACACUUUCAUUGCGUUUGUGAUCAUUGAGUGCAUUGCCCUACCAUUCGCUCUGUUGAUCAUUCCCUUCGAACACGUUGUCCGCUCCGAUGGCACUAGAAUUGUGACAGCAGAGACGCUCUCCAGUCGAAUGGAACUUCGACGCAUCGCUAAGACCAUUACCUCCAAGCUCAUCAUGCUUUCCGCCCUCUGGGCUUUGUGGUCGUUCUUCUACUCAGGAUCUUGGAGCACCUAUCUGGCCGACUACUUCUCCGUCCGCGCCCGCUCCCUCUCCUCCCUGAUUUCACCUUUCUUCUGCAUGUACGUCUUCCACACCUCGAUAAUCUUAUCACACCAUGCAAAAUCUAACAAUAUUUCUAGUAUUGGCUGCUUCGGUCUCGGCUUCAUCCUCGAUAUGAAGGGCAUGAGCCAGCGCCGCCGCGCCCAGAUUGGUCUCUACACCGUCGUCAUCCUCAACAUCGGCGUGUACAUCUGGUCUAUCAUCAUGCAGGUGAAAUUUGACCGUCACGACCCCGGUAACAUCGACUGGAACGAUGGCCUGUACGCCACGGCCUUCCUACCCUACUUCUUCGUGCAGACGACGGGCCCCCUGUCCCAGUCGUAUAUGUACUGGCUGCUCUCAUCCUUUGCAACGGAUGCGCAAGAAAACGUCCGCAACGGCGCAGCAUUUCGGUGUGUUGAGGCUGUUGGCCAAGCCAUCGCUUAUGGCAUGAACACUCAGACGUCGAGUAGUCCGCUUGUUGGCUUCUGCGUGACGUUCGGCCUCCUCGGCGCUGCCUUGAUACCCAUGAUCAUGCUAGUCAACACCACGCCCGACCAGAUCCCCGCUGAUGUGAUUGCCGAGGAGCAAAAUGCGGCGAAUGCAAAGUUGCCGGUGGAGGAGCCAUAGGCUCAACCUUUGGUCCGAGAAG